GGAUAAUUGGAAAACAUUGACAUCAUCACUUUGGACUACCCUGCAUAUACACCUGAAUAUAGAUGACGUUUCUCUGCACGUCUAUAGGUUUUCCGUUUUUAAUUAUUUUACUGGCAUAAUGAAUCAAAUGCGCGCAAGUUUGCUUUUAUAGAUCUCAGGGAUCAAUAAUAAUAUGAUAGUAAAUAGAAAAAAAAUGAUAUUCUCGAAAUCUACUGGGCGCACCUCGUAAUCGCAUAACUUUUCUUAUUAUCGGAUAAAAGUUAACCUAAAAAAACGAACUGAACGAGAUAGGGGAUAGGGGCUAGUGGACCACCCUAAGAAUGGAAUUAGUUGAAAAAAAAAGUGUAAUUUUAUCGCAAUGACAGAAGAUAAUGUAGACAAUUCAUGAAAUUGAUAAACGUCAAGAUGUGUGCUAGAUAACUUUCUAGGAAUUGAAAAUACUAUAUUCUCUUAAAAAAAAAAAGGGACAAAAUAUUGCAUUGUAUCUCGCAUAAAUCUACAAUUGUCUGUGACAAAUAACUAACUUAACAGAUUGAAGUUACUUAAGAAAAAAAAAAAAUCGCACUGUGCCAACGAGCCGAUUGCUAAUUGAAUCGGAUAAUAUAUUGCCGUUAUUUAAUAUGUUAAUGAAUGACUUGAAGAUUUAAUUUUAUACAUAACGUUGUAUAAUGUUGUAGAUCAUAGAGAUGUUACGGCGAAAUAGGUUGAAACAUAGAAUAAUAUCGAUUGGUUUUAUCAUUCUUGCAACAAUAUUUUACAAUGAAUUUCUUGUAUAUGAAGUGCAAAAGUUCAAAUGGGCCAUGCGCGAGUGUUCCGAAUGUGUCAAGGUUCUUCUUGUCGCAGACCCACAAAUACUUGGAGAAAAGGAUGAAAAUUAUUUUGGAUCGUGGAUAGCAAGAUGGGAUAGCGACAGAUACUUAGAGAAAACUUUCUCAAGAGCAGUAAAAUAUUCUCAACCACAUGUAAUUGCCUUUCUUGGUGAUCUUAUGGACGAAGGUCAUAUAGCUAAUGCAGAAGAUUUUGAAAGAUAUAAAAGGAGAUUGGAUUCAAUAUUUACAAUGCCAGAAGACAUAAUGAAAAUUUAUUUACCAGGUGAUAAUGACAUUGGAGGUGAAGAUGAUCUUGUCUCUUCUAACAUCCAUAAAAGGUUCAAUUUUGCAUAUACUCAGCCAGAUACAUUAGUUUACAAAACUGUUACCUUUUUCAAGGUAAAUAGGUUGACGCGUACAAUGCCAGAAGCGCCAAAGGAUGCAUUUCUUAAUGAUUAUGCAGAAAGGAAUACGACCAAUGUUAUUCUUAGUCAUAUGCCUUUAUUGUUUAUGCCUGGCAGCUUUGUACAAAAUGUAAUCAAAGAAUUAUCACCACAAGUGAUUUUCACUGCGCAUGAGCAUAAAGCAAUGCAUGUAAGUUUAGACACGGCAACAGAUCAGUUGAGUGAGAUUUGGAUUCUCCCGCCAUACGAAACGCCUCUCUAUCAAUUGAGAAUGGAUGUAGGAGAUAUUCACGAAGUACAAAUACCGACCUGUUCUUACAGAAUGGGUACACCACAUAUGGGUUAUGGACUCGCCUAUAUAGAUACUCAAGAAAAAACCGUCGAAUUCACGAUUUUAUGGCUACCAGGCAGAUUUCCGCAGCUAUGUGCUUAUAUAUUUAUUGUUAUAUUGGUCAUUGUACUUGUCACUUGUUCUUUCGUUUCAGGCUGCUGUGUGAAAAGCUAUGCAACUUACAGUCGUAUACCUUCUAUAUAAAAUAGCGAACAAUCAAAAAUACUUAUACUUAAAUGACGAAUUAACUUGGUGUAUAGAUAUAAAGAUCCGUCCAGAAAAUAUAGUUUUCUUUUACUGUGUUAAAUUCCGAGCAAAACGAAGCUACAUAUAAUGAUUUUUGAUUAAUUUACUAUUUUAUAAUAAAUAAAUCAAAGUAUAAUAGUUUUGAUAAAGCUUAUUUUUAUUAGAUUUAUAUUUUCUGCGUAUUCUCUUAAGUUUCUGAAGCACAGGGUAUUUAUAGAAAAUUUUCUUUUUUAAAAUUUUUUAAAAAUUACUCAUGUUGAGGGUAUAUCCAUCUUAAUCAUUGUAUUUGCCAUGCAACUGAACAAUAUGAUGUAAGGCCAAACUUACUCUAAUAAUACUCUAUUCAAAAACAGUGCCAGUUUUAGGGAUAUAUCAGUACACUCUUUGAAUAAUAUAUGAAUUAUUAAUUCAAAUAAUUUGAACAAAUUUCUUGGUUUUAUUAUAAGAAAUUGGAUAAAUUGCAAAUAUUGAAUAAUUUCUUAUAACAAUGUUUAAUACAACUAGAGUGUACAUUAUGUUUGCUCUGAUUUGGACUCGCUAAAUUGAGUAUUUAUUUUGUUAAACUCUAAAGCCAGACUAUGAAAAAUAUUAUAUAUGUAUGUAUAGUGAUUUUCUUAGAAUAUCUCCAUAUGUUUUAUUAUGAAAUUUUUAUACGUAAACACAAUGUCAAACUUUAACAAGGCUUUUGUUAUUUAAUCAAAUAAUGUCUUCUAUAUUGAAUGAUAUGUUUAUUAAAAAUGUUUGUUAAAAAUUUGAUUAUACAAUGCCAAGAAAAUAAUAAAAGAAAUCCGUCGAUUGUACUUUUUUAGUUAAAAAGAUAAGAGAUUUUAUCGUAUCAUAUAUACAUAUAUACACGUUGUAAGAUUUAGAAAUAUAAGAAAGAAUUGUUGAGAGCAAGAGUUUGUUUUAGCGGUAGAUCAAUUUAUAUUUCUUCGCGAAUCUAUAUACAUCUUUGCCUGAAAUAAAUGUUAAAUGUUGAAACAAA